AUGUCGGAAGAUAAACUCGACGAGGGUGCCGAGUACGGUGCUUUCCCAUUUGAUAACUACAUCGCAGACUAUCAAUCUAGAGCAGACUUUAAGGUGACUGAUUUGGCAAAUGGUCUGCCGUCUGACUUGACAAAUGAUCAAACAAAAGUUUUGAGCAUUCAUCAGUCAAAUUAUGAGCGAAAUAUUUGUGCAAAUUUGGAUACUGGCAUACAGAAAAUCUGGCUUCGGACCUGCUACGAUGAAGACCUAAACGAGGAAUACGAAAAUAUGAGAGCUGAUGGGGAGGAUGGAAUUACCCUCUUUCGAUGUCUCGACGACAGCAAUCGCUACGCUUUUGAUGACGGAUCGUUGGAUCACUGGCGACAAGUUCUCGUCCGAGUACCGGGAAUAACGGACUUCCGGGGCGUCGGGUACGAUGGAGAUGUCCUCACUUACCAUUCGGGUAAAAACGACGAAGAGAUGCGGGCCCAAUGUGCAGAGAUAGAAGACGAGGAAUCUAGAGGCCUAGCCUUGACAGAGCUAGAGUUUCAAGUCGUGGUGUGCCUGCUCGACCGUGAGGCUAUCGAAACGGGUCUGAUCAAGAUUCUUUGGUUGGACGAGCACGGAAGCAGUGCCUGGGAGAACCGCGUGGAGCCCUCUAGUCUAAAUUCGCUUUCUGGGGCCUUUAUGAAUGGCAUUCGUUUAGACGAAAUUACGGGUGGAAAUUCCGGUCGAGGGUCCUUGAUAAGUAGAUAG